CACCAACCGCAAGACGCAGCCCGACUCCGUGUAUUCUUCAUGUACCUUCACUUGCAACAAUGUUCCACUAGUUGGCGCCAUUUUUCCAGGAGUUACGAGAGAAAUCCUAAUUUUAAGACAAAUGUAGGCACUUUACCUAAAAGGUCCAGAACAGUAGCUUUAAAAAAUAAGAAAUUAGUGUUAGGUGCUGAAGAAAAAAUGUGUUGCAACCUUACCCGGUCUCCCCUAUUUUAGUACAGUUAUUCACUACAAUAUUGUGAACACACGUUUAAAUUGUAAUCUUUUCAGGCUAAAACGAUUUUGGUUUCCUUUGUCAUACGAAUGUCCUUGUUGUCAUGGCAGUAUCUUGGUUUUCCCCUAGAGGACAACACUGUUGAGUUUCAACUAAUUUACAUAAAGAGCUUCACACUUCUACUUUGUCUGGCCGAGGAGAAUCAGUAUCUGUAUCCCUAAAGUUAAUCAGUGAGGAUUGAAGCAAGUAUGAGUAGAGACACAACCGUCCUGCUCGGGUGGCUGCUCUUACAAGCUACGAGCUGCACUGUGUGGUCAGCAGACUGGAACGCCAAGGUCGUCCGGGAAGUAGAUGCUCUGGUGGACUCCUGUGUGGUCAUCCCUUGCUCCUUCACAUACGGAGAAGGGCUUUCCCGCGCCACGCUCAAAGGCAGCUGGUUCCCGGAGGGGGAUAAAGAGAAGUACAUCUUCCAAGAAGACAUUGCGGUUAUCAUGAGGGAGUUUAGAGGCCGCACAGAGCUGACGGGACGACUCACGAAAGGGAACUGCACCUUAAAGAUAAUAGAGGUGAAGGAUCACGACGACGGCCCCUUCUGCUUCAAAGUAGAAAUGAGUGAUAGGACUUUGAAGACCCCUGAAUUUGAGAACCACUGCGCUCGCCUUAACUUGCUUGCGGAACCCCCCAAACCUAAAUUAAAUCCUCCGAGGAAGGCGAUCCAGGGUGAACCUUACACCAUCUCCUGCUCUGUGGCCCACACCUGCCCGGCCCAUCGGCCCAACAUCACCUGGAGCCGGGCCUCCACGGACACAGGGGUCAUCCAUAUCAACAAAGACAACGGCAAGGGCUCCUGGGAAAUGGAGUCCAUCCUGACCUUCAUCCCGGAGGCAACGGACGACGACUCGGAGCUCAGCUGCACGGCAACCUUCAACGGAGGGGUGACCUCCUCCUCCACGCACCAUCUCUUUGUGAAACGUAAAGAGCUGUACCUGCACAUUAUCCUUCCUCUCGUUGUCGGCCUUGGGACAGCUGUGGUCUUUGGAGCGCUCUGUGUUCUAAUGAAGAUCAAAUACAAGAACCGUAUUGCUGAUCUUCAAAGCAGAGGAAACGGCAGAUUGCGGAAUCACCUUUCAAGAAUAUCGCAGAGGAUGAGCUCCAGCCGCUUCAUGCCCUCUCGUCCGAGGGAGCCGGUAGAUUUGAGUGCUUAUGAUAUGCCGAAUAACACUGCAAAGAAACAGAAGAUCUCGAAACCCCGCUGUCCAUCGCCGAAGAGUCAGCCGGGGUCCUUCUCCAAUCGAGGGGCGACUGGUCACGACCGGGGCUUCGGUGAUUCCUGUGACGAUGAUUACACGAACACUGCUGACCUCAACAUUUAUGGAAACCUCUGAGCACAGCGACUUCCUCCGUGAAGAGAUGAGAGGCUGUGCUCCAAUCUUUUGUUGGUGUUCAGUUCCACUUCGACUCAUUAGCAUUUAGGGCAUUUAGCAGACGCAUUUAUCCAAAGCGACCUACAAUAAUUACAUUUGUGAUAAGAAGUGAAACAAUAUAUCGCUGUCGGUACAGUAAGGAUGUUCAUAGAACCAAGUGCAUGUACUAACAAUCGCUAGGCUAACCCAUUCCCCGUAUACAGCAGUGAUAGCAGCUACUGCAGAUGCUACACAAUUAAGUACUAUGAAUCGGGCAGUCCAGGGAAUUUGUUUUAGCUCUACUCAACUGAUGCUCCUAGGCUUUGAUUGUUCUCAGAAAACGUACACCGCUUUAGAUAACGACCAAAUGUUAACAUUGUGUCACAUGGUGUGUUAUGUUUUGUAUGCGUUAUGCUGUGUAAACAUGUUCUCCGGCCCUGCACAAUAAAAUGUCCCUUCCAUGCUUGAAA